UCUUUUUACUGCUUGGGCCGAACGGACGAGUUCUUUGCCUCACAGGGCGGGACCCAGGCGUGGUGGCGGCAGAGGGGACGGUGUUGCCGGGGCACCUUACAGAGUUUUACAAAAAGAGACAGGCCCCUUCUCUCAAGAAGCUUACAGUCUGAGAGACAAGUCAGACAAGAGGUAAAAGAAGGAACUCAAAGAUGACAAGUUUCUAAAUGUUUAAAGCAAAUAUGAACAAAUAAGAAUUAAUUUUACUUGUGAAGGGAGUGUGAGAAUGGAACUGCUUGGAGCAAAUGAAGUGCUCUAGGACAUGGGUGUGGAGGGCCCAGACAAUUUUUUUAACUGUCAAUUACCUUUUGGAUUUUUAGGAACAUAUUUGAAAACUGAGUCUCUCUAUCUGGGUCUACAUUAGACACAACUGAUUCAUAAUUAAAGAACCAACUUCAAACUCAAUUUUCUGUUUUCAGAAAUAAACCUAGAUGUUGAAGGAUUUUAAGCUUUGUACACAAGGCAACAAAUAAGACAAAAACUCAGGACCAGUCUUCCGGCAUGUCCCCUGCUACCCCUUGAAAGAAAAGGAUUUACAGCUCAACCUUGUACCAGCUGUUGCCCGGAUUUUGCAGUCAAGUGAGAAAUAAACAAAAUUUAAACUACGAAUGCCAUACAACCCCAGUUCCUGGUGAAAUCAGGGAAGAGUGCUCCUGUUUUAAAGGAAGAGAACGUUUGCGGGGAUGGGAGAAUGAUGUGCAGAAGACUGGCAGAUUUGCUAGCAGGAUAAGCUUCCCUUGAACAGCUACCAGAAUGCACUGCUUUAUACCAAGAGCAGAUUAAAAAGGAGGAACUUACUUCAGAGUCUGCUUUGCAAAAUUACCACGGGUUUUCUGAAAUACAAAUAACAAAACAACAGAACCUAGGAGAGACCUUGUGUCUUUCACUGAUCAUCUUUCUUGGAGUGCUCACCUUGCUCAUCCUGCCCUUUUGCACUAAAAAGUCCAGUCCAGAUACUUUAUUUGCUACAUUUCUCAACUCGUGUGUCAUCUCAAAAGAGAAUCAUCUCCAAAACCUACUCCAAGGAGUGCACUUCUACACAGAGCUUGCCUGGUACAGCAACCUGCAUAAUUUGUGUCAGCUGCGUUGAACCACUAGAAUUUUAAAUUGGAGUACAAGCUUCUAUUUUAUAUUUUUAAAUUUUCCUUGCCCCACAAGAGUCCUGGGAAUACCUUUUGUUGUCUUCUCUGACACUUACUUCAGUUGUGAAUAUCACUCUAUUCAUUCUCUCAGUGUUGGCUCCAUCUGGAUCAUACUUUAAAUCUGAUCUGACUAGUAACAGCUAACUUCAAGAACUUGGAUAACUGUUUAAACGUCUCUCCUUCACACAGUUGUUUUCCUUUUUGAAGGUCCCUCCCCAGUUUCUUGUCCUUUCUGACUCCAGUUGGGCCUGGGCUAUGCUGCAGGGAGGAUCAUCCACCAGAGCUCCAACAUGCCAGCAGCAUCUGGAAAGAGAUUCAAACCCAGCAAAUAUGUCCCUGUAUCAGCUGCUGCAAUCUUCUUAGUAGGAGCCACCACACUCUUCUUCGCUUUUACAUACUUAGCAAAUUAUCAUCUUCCUGGCUUUGUUAUGUGUCUGCAUUGCCUGAUAUUGUCGUUCAGAAUACACGGACAGUGUCUCCCUGCCUCUGCUAUUUGCUUCUGCUGCCUAAAUCCAUCUAUCACAGACCACUCUGACUGCAGAAAGAGGGACAGAUGCUGCCCUAAAUCUAUGAGAUUAAACUCCCAGCAACAAAGCAGAUUAAGGUGCCCAGGACUUAGCUUAUAUAUCUCACCACUCAUACCCAUUUACAAUGCUGUGGUCUUCCUCUUUGUGCUGGCCAACUUUAGUAUGGCCACCUUCAUGGAUCCAGGCAUAUUUCCUCGAGCUGAAGAAGAUGAGGACAAGGAGGAUGACUUCCGAGCUCCAUUGUACAAGACUGUGGAGAUAAAGGGUAUCCAGGUGCGCAUGAAAUGGUGUGCAACAUGCCGCUUCUACCGGCCCCCACGCUGCUCUCAUUGCAGUGUUUGCGACAAUUGUGUGGAGGAAUUUGACCAUCACUGUCCCUGGGUAAACAACUGUAUUGGACGACGCAAUUAUCGCUAUUUCUUCCUGUUCCUGCUCUCACUUACAGCACAUAUAAUGGGUGUAUUUGGUUUUGGCUUGCUGUAUGUCCUGUAUCAAGUUGAAGAGCUCUCUGGGAUCCGUAUGGCUGUCACUAUGGCUGUAAUGUGUGUGGCUGGCUUGUUUUUCAUACCUGUAGCAGGCCUUACAGGAUUCCAUGUGGUACUGGUAGCCAGAGGUCGCACUACCAAUGAACAGGUUACAGGCAAAUUCCGGGGUGGAGUAAACCCAUUCACCAAUGGCUGUUGUAAGAAUGUUAGUCGUGUCCUCUGCAGUUCUCCAGCCCCCAGGUAUCUUGGACGGCCAAAGGCAGAGCAGACAGUAUUAGUGAGGCCACCAUUCCUGCGACCAGAAAUAUCAGAUGGGCAGAUUGCUGUAAAGAUAAUGGACAAUGGUAUCCAGGCUGAACUGAAGAGAACAAAGUCCAAAGGAAGCCUUGAGGUAACGGAGAGCCAGUCUGCUGAUGCUGAGCCACCGCCACCACCUAAGCCAGACCUCAGCCGCUACACAGGUCUGAGGACGCAUUUAACCCUGGCCACCAAUGAGGACAGCAGUUUGCUAAGCAAGGACAGCCCUCCAACUCCAACGAUGUACAAGUACAGACCUGGUUAUAGCAGCAGCAGUACUUCAGCUGCAAUGCCUCAUUCCACCAGUGCCAAGCUAAGCCGAGGAGACAGCCUGAAGGAGCCUACCUCCAUUGCUGAGAGCAGCAGAAAUCCCAGUUACCGUUCUGAGCCAAGUCUGGAGCCAGAGAGUUUCCGGUCUCCCACUUUUGGCAAGAGUUUCCAUUUUGAUCCACUAUCCAGCGGCUCCCGUUCAUCCAGCCUCAAGUCUGCCCAAGGCACAGGCUUUGAACUGGGCCAUCUUCAGUCAAUCCGCUCUGAGGGCACAACAUCCACAUCUUACAAGAGCUUAGUGAACCAGACACGCAAUGGGAGCUUGUCAUAUGACAGUCUUCUCACACCCUCCGACAGCCCUGACUUUGAGUCAGUGCAGGCAGGCCCGGAGCCAGACCCACCCAUGGGCUACACAUCGCCUUUCCUUUCAGCACGUAUUGCCCAGCAGCGGGAGGCUGACCUGCACAGCCGUUUCCCAACCUCUGGCUCACCCAAGCACCAGCCACCCCGUGAUCCUUCACCUGUCCGUUAUGACAAUCUUUCACGCCACAUUGUGGCCUCCAUGCAGGAGCGGGAGAAGCUGCUGCAGCAGUCACCCACUCCACCACCCCUGGUGAAAGAAGAAGAGACAGGGUUGGGGGACUCGGGCAUCCAGUCCACACCAGGCUCCAGCAAUGCCCCACGUACCAGCUCCUCCUCGGACGAUUCAAAACGCUCACCACUGGGCAAGAACCCACUCACCCGCCCAGUGCCACCUCGCUUUGGCAAACCAGAACCACCACAUGCACUCAGAAUGCGCUCACUGGGCUCACCAGACCAUGCUGCAGCCCCCCACUUAGGCAAAUCUGUGUCUUACAGCAGCCAAAAACAGUCACCCCAGGCCACUGUCCCAGAGACUGAGGAGGUGGCCUUGCAGCCUUUAUUGACACCAAAAGAUGAGAUGCAGAUGAGACCCUCCUACAGCAAGUCCAAUGGACAGCCCAAGAGCCUGAGUUCAACCUCACCCACCCCUGGCCAGCCGCCUCUCAGCAGCCCCACUCGUGGAGGAGUCAAGAAGGUCUCUGGAGUGGGUGGGACUACGUAUGAAAUUUCUGUAUGAGGUGAUAUCCCUGCUGUCGACUCCUCCCUGGCUGAUUCUAAAAUGGCCUGUCCCUGAUGAGCAGGAGAUUGGGACUUGCUCAGCAGACGGUUGCCCCAUCAGAUGCAUGGACCUUUUUUUAAAACAAAUCUAGGAUUUGGGGGGGUGGGGAAAGAGUGGAUGGGCCAACUACCUUUUUAAAUGAAACUAUCUGGGAUUAGGAGAGUCCCUAUACACUACAGCAGGAUCUUAGCCUGCACUCUUCCUCUCAACCAGCUAAGACUGCAAUUUGUAGCACACACUGCCGAGAGAGAAGGGAAGGGGGUUCCUGUCAGCGCCCCUCUGUGAGAGAAAAUGCGGGCUGCAGCCUGCACCACUACCAACAGGACAGUCAGUUGUGGACUUUGUGCAAUCGCUCGCCUAGUGCGGUAGGAAUGGAUCAUUUUUAAUUUUUUUUAUGAUUGUUAACGGAUUCUAUUUUUUCUUCUUCUGAGUUACUGGGUGUGUGUGUAUAUAAAUAUAUAUAAAUAUAUAAAUAUAAAUAUUAUAUAUAUAUCUACCCAUAUUGAGGGAGGGAGGCCGGCCCAGGCAGACCCCAUUAGCUGGGCCAGAGGAAACCAUGUAUGAAGCAUUUAAGUUCAGGGGAGUCCUGAGGGCUAUAUCAGGUAUAGCUACUUGGUUUACUUUUGAAUGGGUCAGGCAAAGAUAUGAAACUGGUAUUAUAUCACCAGUCCUGACCAGGUAUGGCUGAGGAAGUACUAACAUGGUACCUUAUUGGUACCACCGACAGGGUCAUCCCAGUGCUUGUGGCCAGGCAUGAAUUUGGCUUGUUGCACCCAGCUCUGGAUUGUCCAUUCUAGGACAUGGAUGGAGCAGACCAAGGCCACUAUCUCCCUUAUCCCUGCUCACCUGGACUAAUAGAUAUUUCUUUUCUGGGGGCUUGGAGGGUUUAAAAAACUACAGGAGUAUUUGCUUCCAUGUUUUCAGUUCCAAACAGACUGACUUCUCAAGAAAAUGACUCCCAGUGGAAGGACGCCAUCCCCUGCAAACCAGCCAGAUAGGCAUGCACAGCGCUAGUUGCAUACUAUUAGAGCAUGGGAAGGUGCUUGGGGUGUUGAGCAGAGGGAAGAGGGUGGCAGUGGCAUUAGGGCAGGGUCCCUUUUGUGGAUGUGUUACUUGUAUUUAGUAAAUCCAUUUCCCAGGUGAUUUCCCCUGCUUUUUUACAUUGCUUUUUAUGAAUUGAUCUAUAUUGAUUUCUUGUGGUGUCAUGAUUCUUUAUUCACCAACUAGGCAACAGGAAGAAGAGGGAAACCAACAAACCAAAAAGCAAUAUUUUUCCAUAUGCCAAAAAGUUUUCCACCCAUAAAAGUCCAUGAGUAAAAAUCAGAGCAACCCAACAAUCUCCAGUCGCUACUGACUCUUUUCCUGUGGCAAUAUCUUUACUGUGGCCUCCACUGAGCUACACUUUUAUUUUUAUUAUGACUAGCCAUUUUAAAUUGAGGAAUAAAAAAAAAUAUAAUGAGCUAC